UGAAUCGGUAAGCAUAUGAAAAAUCGGUAGGAAUACAGAUAAAUCGGUAUUUCUGGUCACUCUGGCUGUCAUCAGGACAAUGUUUACAUCCACUACGGACGCUUUGUUGUCAUCGCUUUUCUCCUUCUGCUGGUUUCGGGCGAAUUAUUUUGCACGCAUUCAAAAAUUAACGCCGGAAUUCUAACGAAAAGUGAUAAAAAACUAAUUCAAAAUGAACAGAACAGUGAAACCGCGCAAGAAAAAAAGCAUAGAAAUGACACGGGAAGAGACGCUCUACUUCAUCGAGGAGCUGAAAAAGUACCAUUGUCUGUGGGAUCGCAACGACGAGGGCCACAAGGAUAAGCAUGUGCGUGACACGGCGUGGGGUGAACUUUCCGUCAAGCUGGGCUACAGUGCGGACGAUCUGGUGGAAAAAUGGGCCUCCCUACGCUCCUCGAUGCGCCAGUACCGAUGCACGAUACGGAAAAGGAAUGCGGCUGGCAUCGACACCCGGCUGCCGUUCAUCAAGUGGCCCUACUUUUCGGCCAUGCUGUUUACGGUAAGCGAAGAGCUGGAUGGGUUAGAAGACAGUCCUGUGAUAGCGCCACCGACAAGGAUCCGGCUACCGCGAGCAGACCAGGAUGAAGGCGUAGGAAGUCCAUCGAAACGGACGAAACUGGAGGACGCAUGCUUGGAGGAGUCGAAUUUAGAAGAGCUGCCCACAAGCUCCACAACAACGAAAGAAGUGGGCGAUUUAGUGAUUAAACGAGCACCACCCCCCGCACUGAUUAGGCCAGUGAAGCAGUCCAAGCUGAUGGCCAAGCCGCGCUACAGCAUGGCACCGGAAUUUGUUGCGGUCAAGGCGGAACCACGGUCGCGCUCGCCGUCACCAGCCCCGGGCGAGGUGCGCGGCUGCAAUAUACUGCACACACAGGACGAGGACGAGAUAUACGGGCACAGUGUGGCGCUGCUGCUGAAACAGUUCUCGGCCAAGACGAAGCGGAAGCUGCGCAUCCAAAUACACGACCUGAUAGCGAAGGCGCAGAAGCACGCGUUCGAGAAGCAGUUCGGUGUGCCUUACGAUGGGAAAAAAUGAUAGCUGCCAAGGAAGGCGCACAACAGCAGCAGUAGUGUGUAAGGAAAUAGAGUAUUAUUAAGUUGUUUUUCGAAUGUAUGACGAGCAUUUAGCAGACGCCACAAACCCCACAAAUUGUGAA